AGCGGCGGGCGGCAGCAGCAGCGCUUUUCUCUUUAUAAGCCCCGCAGUGCCCGGAUGUGAAUGGAUUACAAUGUAUCUUUCAGGGAAACCUAUUAUUAUCAAUGUGACUCCACGGGGGAGUCAAUGGUGAUGAUGAUGGUGAUGAUGAUGAUGAUGAUGAAAAAUCUCUAAACUUGGAACAAGUUUAAGACUUUAUAGGAGACGAAGAAAAAAAAAAACAACCAACAAGAUUUGUUUGAGGAAAAUUAACUAUUCUGUUUACAUAUAUAUAUUUUUUAAAGAAACAAUAAGAAAGGGGAGAAAAAAAGUUGAUGGACUUUUCUUUUCUUUUUUUUUUCUUUUUUGGUGGGUGUGUGUGAAAUUUUUUUGAAGUUUUUUUAUGGUGGAAAAUGCAAAAAUCAGAGCCAGGUGCAUGAUCUUGUGAUUUGUGGAAUAUCCCUGGAACAGGACUGAGUACCAGUUUAAAAGUACUUUUUGGGGAAUACACAUGUGAGAUACUAAGCACUUGCAGAAGAUUUUCUCUUUUUCAAAAGUCUCUUUCCUUGGAAUAUUGUGAGAAUAUUUGUGGCCAUUUAAGGUUUGUGUGAUUUUGCUAAAAUGCAUCACCAACAGCGAAUGGCUGCCUUAGGGACGGACAAAGAGCUGAGUGAUUUACUGGAUUUCAGUGCGAUGUUUUCACCUCCUGUGAGCAGUGGGAAAAAUGGACCAACUUCUUUGGCAAGUGGACAUUUUACUGGCUCAAAUGUAGAAGACAGAACUAGCUCAGGGUCCUGGGGGAAUGGAGGACAUCCAAGUCCAUCCAGGAACUACGGAGAUGGGACCCACUAUGAACAUAUGACCAGCAGGGACCUUGGAUCACAUGACAAUCUUUCUCCUCCUUUUGUCAAUUCCAGAAUACAAAGUAAAACAGAAAGGGGUUCAUACUCGUCUUAUGGGAGAGAAUCAAACUUACAGGGUUGCCACCAGCAAAGUCUCCUUGGAAGUGACAUGGAUAUGGGCAAUCCAGGAGCUCUCUCACCAUCCAAACCUGGUUCCCAGUACUAUCAGUAUUCUAGCAAUAACCCUCGGAGGAGGCCUCUUCACAGUAGUGCCAUGGAAGUACAAACAAAGAAAGUUCGAAAAGUUCCUCCGGGUUUACCAUCUUCAGUUUAUGCUCCGUCAGCAAGCACUGCCGACUACAAUAGAGACUCACCAGGUUAUCCAUCUUCAAAACCAGCAGCCAGCACUUUUCCUAGCUCCUUCUUCAUGCAAGAUGGCCAUCACAGCAGUGACCCUUGGAGCUCCUCCAGUGGGAUGAAUCAGCCUGGCUACGGAGGAAUGUUGGGCAAUUCUUCUCAUAUUCCACAGUCUAGCAGCUACUGCAGCUUGCAUCCACAUGAACGUUUGAGUUAUCCUUCACACUCCUCAGCAGACAUCAAUUCUAGUCUUCCUCCGAUGUCCACUUUCCAUCGUAGUGGUACAAACCAUUACAGCGCCUCUUCCUGCACACCACCUGCUAAUGGAACAGACAGUAUAAUGGCAAAUAGAGGAAGUGGUGCAGCAGGCAGUUCACAGACUGGUGAUGCUCUGGGGAAAGCACUUGCUUCGAUCUAUUCUCCAGAUCACACUAACAACAGCUUUUCAUCAAAUCCUUCAACUCCUGUUGGUUCUCCUCCUUCUCUCUCAGCAGGCACAGCUGUUUGGUCUAGAAAUGGAGGACAGGCAUCAUCAUCUCCUAAUUAUGAAGGACCAUUACAUUCUUUGCAAAGCCGGAUUGAAGAUCGCUUGGAAAGACUGGAUGAUGCUAUUCAUGUUCUCCGAAAUCAUGCGGUUGGGCCUUCAACAGCUAUGUCUAGUGGUCAUAGUGAUAUGCAUGGAUUAAUAGGACCUUCUCAUAAUGGUGCCAUGGGCGGUCUCGGAUCAGGAUAUGGGACAGGUCUUCUUUCAGCCAAUAGGCAUUCACUCAUGGUCGGUGCCCAUCGCGAAGAUGGUGUGGCUCUCAGAGGCAGCCAUUCUCUUGUGCCAAACCAGGUUCCAGUCCCACAACUCCCAGUUCAGUCGGCUACUUCCCCUGACUUGAACCCUCCCCAAGAUCCAUACAGAGGCAUGCCAGCUGGAUUGCAGGGGCAGAGCGUAUCCUCAGGUAGCUCUGAGAUCAAAUCUGAUGACGAGGGAGACGAAAACCUGCAAGACACAAAAUCUUCUGAGGACAAGAAAUUAGAUGACGACAAGAAGGAUAUCAAAUCAAUUACUAGGUCAAGAUCUAGCAAUAAUGAUGAUGAAGACCUUACACCAGAGCAAAAAGCAGAGCGUGAAAAAGAAAGGAGGAUGGCCAACAAUGCCCGUGAGCGCCUGCGUGUACGUGACAUUAAUGAGGCUUUCAAGGAGUUGGGCCGCAUGGUACAGCUCCAUCUGAAGAGUGACAAGCCCCAAACAAAACUCCUGAUUCUCCACCAGGCUGUGGCUGUCAUUCUCAGCUUAGAGCAGCAAGUGCGAGAAAGGAAUCUGAAUCCUAAAGCAGCAUGCCUGAAAAGAAGGGAAGAAGAAAAAGUAUCUUCAGAACCUCCUCCACUCUCGUUGGCGGGACCUCACCCUGGAAUGGGAGAUGCAUCAAAUCACAUGGGACAGAUGUAAAAUGGUCCAAGUUGCCACAUUUCUUCAUUAAAACAAGAGACCACUUCCUUAACAGCUGUAUUAUCUUAAACCCACAUAAACACUUCUCCUUAAUCCCCCUUUUUUGUAAUAUAAGACAAGUCUGAGUAGUUAUGAAUCACAGACGCAAGAGAUUUCAGCAUUCCCGAUUAUCAAAAAACAAAAAACAAAAAAAAGUGCAACUUGAGGGACGACUCUCUUUAACAUAUCAUUCAGAAUGUUUAAAGCAGAAUGUUGCGAGCUGUGGCACGCAGCCCAGAGACUGAAUGGCAAUCUUCUCCACACUGUGGAACAAUGCAUUUGUGCCUAAACUUCUUUUGGAAAAAAAAAAUAUAAUUAAUUUGUAAGUCUGAAAAAAUAUUUAAUUUAAAAAUUGUAAACUUGCAAUAAUGAAAAAGUGUACUUCUGAAGAAAACUACAUGAACGUUUUUGUUGGUGUUGUAGUCAGCUAGUGUUUAUACUUACUGGAUAUUGAAGGGGGAGCUUUGCUACCCUAGUUACAAAACCAGCAAACGUCCUAAUGAAAAUGAAGUGAUGACAUUAGCCAUUCCUUAGGGUAGGAGGAACAGAUGGAUCUUAUAGACCUAUGACAAAUAUAUAUAUAUAAAUAUAUAUAUAAAUAUAUAUUAAAAAUUUAGUGAAUAUGGUAAGCUUUUGUUCAUUUGUUUCAGACUUUUUUCUCCUGUAAAAAAAUAGUACUGAUUAACUUUUUUAAAAAAAAAAAGAUUUUACUGUAAAUAUGGAUUUUUUUGUCUUAUUUCUGUCCCUCUCCCCUGGUUUGUUAUUGUAACCUGUAGUGCCAACUCUGUCUCUGGAGGGGGAGUACAGGAUGAAAUGCUGACCCUGAUGUUGCUUCUCAUUCAUAAAUAAGUAGAAAGUUGUUUCUCCAGUCUUUUGGGAACACAGGACUUAAAAGUCACAUCAUGUGUAGAUAUUACAAGCAGCAUUAUCAAGACGUGGCAAAAAUGAAUUUGUCGGAAUCGUAAUGUUGCUCUUGUGACCCUAUUCUGGGAUUUUCAGAGGUACAAGGUUAGAAUGCUACAAUGUUACCACUGUGCCUUCCAAUGUUUAUAUCAUCAGAAACAUAACAUAAUCAAAGUGGCUGUGAUUUUAAACAAUUAAAGUGUUACCUACAUGUGUAGCCUAAGUAGUGUGCAGUGAGGCGUUUCUGAAUACAUGGUCAGAUUUUUGAAGAAAAAAAAACAAAAAAUAAACAUCAAAUCAGAAAAUUGCAAGUAGUGUGAUAGAUAUGAUUGGUUUUCUUUCUUUUUUUUUUUUGAUUUUUUUUUAAUCUUUUUCUUUCCAAGUGGGUUUGCUAAAGUGUAGACCCCCUUUCCUCUGCCUCCUCCUUAGUUCGAAAAAUGCCAAUAUCCAAUCAUCAUGCAGCAUUAUAACAAGCCUUAUAAGUCCUAAAGCAUUAAGUUGCACUUUCUCAAGGAGGGGUAGUACAGUAUUUCUCUGGCCAGUAUGAAUGAAGUUUAUACUUAACAUAUUUGAUAGUAACAUAGAUCAAGCUAUGUGGCACAGCAACUCAUCAGAUAACUAGCUUUGAAGUCUGGGCACGAUUGAACCAACUUCCAUAGUGAAUCUUAUAACGAUUGACUUUGGUGUAUAGUACAGUUAACAGGUAGUGCUCCUAGCUAAGUAUUUGUCAGCAUCCUUUUGUCUCUAAUUCUAGUUUCUAUUUUUACAGCCACACAAACUUGGCAUGUAUUAAAAAAAAAAAAAGAAAAAGAAAAAAAAUUCCCUGUUCAAGUAGAUUUUCCACCUAUCAGCACUGAGUAAAUGCCAUACAUCCAUCAAAAUGGUCUGAAUGUUCCAUCUGUUCUCCUGUUUUGCCAGUUAUAUAGUAAUGAAAAAGACAUUUGUAAAUUUUAUGCAACAAAUGGCAAACGUAUCAUUAUUUUGAAAUUGUGUAUGUAAAAGUUAUAUUUUUACAUGUAGACUCUUGUUAUUAUGUGUUUUAAUACAUUGUAUCAGUUUUUGUUUAAAAAAAUCUGUGAUUGAAAAAAAGUCUCAUUUAAAUGAAAUAGUGAGAUACAAGAAUCUGAA